AUGACAACAAGCAAAGAUGUCCCAGAGAAGCUCAAAGAGAAAGACAACCAACCACACAGUUCAAAGGAAGAAGUUCAAGGACAGCAGCAAGUGGAGAAGAGCAUUACACCUCCACUGCCGUAUCCCCAAAGAUUCCACAAAGAAGCAAAGGAUCAGCACUUUCAUAAGUUCCUUGAGACUUUGAAGAAGCUAGAGAUCAACAUUCCCUUGGCUGAGGCAUUAGAGCAAAUGCCUUUGUAUGCCAGGUUCUUAAAGGAGCUUAUCAACAAGAAAAGAAGUUGGCUAGAGAAGGAGACUGUGUUGCUCACUGAAGAAUGUAGCGCUGUGCUUAAAAAGGGAAUCUCACCAAAGCUUAAAUAUCCAGGGAGUUUUGUAGUUGCUUGCACCAUAGGAAAAAUGACAUUAGACAAGGCUUUUUGUGAUCUUGGAGCUACUCAGCCUAUGGUGGACACUUUGGCCCAGAAAGAACAGCUGCAAAGAUACUGCAGAGUGGGUUCUAUUGGCCAACUAUCUUCAAAGAUGCCAGAGAGUUUGUUCACCAAUGCAACGAAUGCCAGAGAGCAGGAGGAUUGA